UUGACGUGCCAUCAACUAUGUUACAGGAAGAGGAGGCGUUAAUUGCUGCACAUCGAAAAGAAAUUGAGGACACCAUGGAGAUAGUGCGUGAAGAAAUGAAACUGUUGGCAGAAGUGGAUCAACCUGGUAGCCACAUUGAAAACUACGUGACUCAGUUGAGUUUUGUGCUGUCUCGAAAGGCGGCUGGGUUGGUGAGUCUUCAAGCACGCCUUGCAAGGUUCCAGCAUAGACUUAAAGAACAAGAAAUACUCACCCGAAAAAGAGUAUUGCGUUAGUGUUGUGGUGGUGGGUCACACUUUGUUUGUUUCGUUCUUUCUCUCUCUCUUUCUUUCUCUCUCUCUCCCUCCUCCCUCCUCCCUCCUCUGCUUUCUUCUUCCCCUCACCCCUCUUUCAUAUUAUAUAAAAUAUCAUUAAAUCAAUUGAUUUGAUUUGUACAUUCGAGCUUGAAAAAGAGAUUGGAAUUGAAUUCCCUUGCUGCUA